AUUCUAACGGACAACCUUAUUCUUCAUAGUGUAAUACAAGCGCGUCUGCCAUGUCGCGUCUACACACAGUCUUCGCAAAUAUCCCAGUUAGAAAUCAAUUGAACGAAAUAUCCGGGCUAAACUCGUGUUUUUGAAUUCAAGUUUUGUUUAUUUUCAGGAGUUUUUGGUGUAAAACGACUGAGUAGCCCAUCAAGUCAAAUGAAUCAGGAUGAUUUUCGGAAAUUACUUCAAACGCCAAGAAAUGCAGAAUCAGAACUGUCAAAGCUGAAAGCACCUUCUCGACCUGCUGUAGACAUGUUUGGGAUUAGACGAAAGCCAAGACUCAAUUUGUUUCAGCCGCCAAGGAGUGUUUUACAAAAGAAACGACCAUCAACAGCUAGCGAAGAAGAAAAAGGCACGAAGCAGACGACUAAGCAACGAAAGAAAUUGGAAACUCUUUCAAAGGAGACAGACGCAGAACUCACAGCAGAGGAUGACGAGUACUCUGUAAGGAUUCAGGAGCUAAAGCAAUUGGUUCGUGAAGGAAAAAUCACCAAUCAAGAAUAUUCGGAAAAAACGAAGGAGCUAGGCGGAAAUAUGGAAACCACACACCUUGUCCGUGGUUUGGACAGAAAGCUCCUCGCUAGAAUGAAACAGUCUUCGCUUCCUAAUAUUGCAGAAAAAACUAAUGGUGAUAACGAAACUGCGGAGAAAGAAUCGGUAAAUACAGAGGAUGAAGAUGUAUUGUUAGAGCAAUUGGCAUCGGAAAAACCGCAUGAAGAAAGUCCAUCGACUUCUUUUUCAACUGGCAAGCCUACGCAGCAUCGCCCACGAAAGGAAAAACGGAUCCCGGUUUACCCUAACGGAGCACCAAUGUAUGAAAUCCAUUAUGAAAAUGACACAAAGGUUAAGAUUUUGCUCGACGAAAAUGGUAAUGCUACGAAACGACUAGUAAAGAAAAAGAAGCACAAAGACAUCGUUAAGCCUGCGGACGUACUAGCCUCUUCUCACGAAGAACAGCAGACAAAACAAAAACAAGACACUGUUGAGGAGCGGAUUCCUGCAUGUCCUCCGCGAGUUUUGCCUCUCCCCCAGGCAAAUCUCGAUGCCGAUAUUUUUGACGAAGAAAGUGAUUACGAUCCAUUUGGUGACAGAGAGGGAGAGGGUGCAGACACGAAGAAGCCGCAAUUAGAUCUGAAAAAGGAAAAGCUUUUUGCGGAAUCAGUAAAUGACGAAGAGAUUUCUAAGCUGGAUGCGCAACAAGCUAACGCCAAGUCCCAAAUUCGCCGGCUCGCCCAUCUGCAGGAACGCAGAGAAGCAGAAGAAGCAAUGGAACAACAAGAAAAGCGACAAGUGGACGCCGGCUUCGGUCUGAAACUCGGUCGUGAUGAUGCACCCUCAGCAACAGACAUGUUAGAUUACGAAGAGGACGAUGAUGAAGAUGAUGUCGGCAAACGCAAGCGUCGGUAAAACGGCGUAAUUCUUCAACAAAAACAUUUUACGGGCAAUCCUUAUAAAACUCCUGACUCAAACGUGUUAUUCAUUUCAUUGUAUAUACAUCAAAGCUAAAGAGGAAUGGGGAAGAAUUCGGAAUUGGCAAAACAAGGAUAGCAACUCCCUAGUCCUUGUACCGGGCAAUGAUGUUGCGGAUAUUUUUGAUUUGGUCGACAACGCAAGACUUUGCGGUACCACCGAUGGCGCAACGCUUUUCGACACUGGCUUCGUAGUCGAAGACCGCAGCAACAUCGUCUUCGUACAGGGGGUGAAGCGACUUAAAGUCUUCCACAGAAAGCUGGUCGAUUGUUGUGCCACGCUCCUCAGCCAUACGAACAGCAGAGCCGGAAAUGUGAUGUGUUUGACGGAAUGGGACGCCUUUCCGUACCAAGUACUCGGCCAAGUCUGUGGCUAAGAGAUCAGCCGUCAAACUCUUGGCAAUUUUGUCAGGAUGAACGGUCAGGGUGGAAAGAACGCCCGUCAAGAUUUGAAUAGAGUCCUUGACAGUCUUCAAGCUAUCGAACAAGGGCUCCUUGUCUUCUUGCAAGUCCUUGUUGUAUGUGGAAGGAAUGCCCUUUACGGACAUCAUGAAGCCGGCCAUAUUGCCGAAGGCGCGGCCACUUUUUCCGCGCAGCAAUUCAAGUGAGUCGGGGUUCUUCUUUUGCGGCAUAAUACUGCUGCCGGUGGCAUAUGCGUCCGACAAAGUGACGAAACUGAACUCAGACGUGGAAUAAAUGAUGAGGUCCUCAGCAAUACGAGAGAUGUGGGACAUGACCAUAGACGACCAGAACAUGAAUUCGAUGACAAAGUCGCGGUCAGCCACGGCGUUCAUUGAGUUCAUGAUGAUGCCGUCGAAACCCAGCUCCUUGCGCAAAAAUUCACGAUCAACAGCAAAAGGGUUGCCAGCAAGUGCUCCCGCACCAAGCGGAAGCUGGUUGACACGCGUGUACACUUCAGUGAGACGCACCAAGUCUGUGGUGAUAGGCAGAGCAUGGGAAAGAAGGAAAUGUGACCAUCUAAUGGGCUGAGCACGCUGCAAGUGUGUGUAACCAGGCAUGACAAUGUCAAUCUCUUUCUCUGCACGAGCCGCGAACACUUGCAACAGGUUGAUGAGAAUCUUCUUUACGUCCUUCAUUUCCUCACGCAACCACAGACGCAUGUCAGUAGCGACCUGGUCGUUUCUGCUACGGCCGGUGUGCAGUUUUCCUGCGAUUCCCGUGCCGAUGACCUCGCCCAAACGGCGUUCAUUUGCAGUAUGGAUAUCUUCGUCCGAGGGCUGCAGCACAAACUUUCCUUGCUUCCAUUCGUCACGGACAGUCUCAAGACCAGUGAGAAUUGCCUCCAAUUCCUCAUCGACCAAAAUUCCACGCUGCUUCAAAGCCUUGGCAUAGGCUUUCGAGCCAUCAAUGUCUGCAUUAAACAUCCGCUUGUCGUAAUGGAUAGACUCAUUGUAAGCCGUCAUCAACGGGUCCGUCUCACCGGUGAAACGACCACCCCAAAGUUUGUGUCCUGAUGCCAUCCUGCUGUAUUUUUGUUUCUGAUCCUGUGCGAGCUCCGCGGUCCGAUUGUUGCUGUGUUGGAAAUAACUUUAUACUACUAGGCUGCCGAUUCUGCUGCUUUUGAUACUGCUCCUUUUUCACUGAUUCCCCCGUUGAUUGAUCCCAUCUCCUGCUGCGAUAAGAGAUUAUCUUGCCGGUGUGUGAAAUCACUAGCUGACGCCAGCAGGGACACGCAGCGCGAGCGGCUAGGAGGCAGUCGCCUUUUUGGUGGUUAGUUUGCAUCUGUUACUGAUAAGGUUUUAAGCGAGCACGUGUGUUUCCGAGGCAACACCGUUGAAUGUGCGGGAUAGCCACGGAUUUUCCUCGCGUGUUCCUCGGCGUUGCCGCGGAGUGAUCCGGAAAGUCCUCGAAACUUCCGCGGCCACCCGUUGACCGCAUCCACUCUACCACAGGCAGACGAGCUGACACCUGCCCUCUACACACACCCAACAUCA